AUGGCUAGUAACAUAUACCACCCAGGCGAGCCCAGAGAGGGAAAGGCAGGGUACCCCAAUUAUGGUCAUUCUGAUGCCGGAGUGCAGGCGGAAACCGGACACGGUCGGAAUAGAAGUGGAUACACCGGGCCCGGCUUUGUUGAUGAUGUUUUCGGGGAGGAAACUGGACAUGACAUCAAGUACAAGACUCUCACUUGGCCAGUAGUUGCGCUUCUCAUGAUCACCGAGAUCGUAUCAAAUGGCAUGCUCAGCUUACCUAGCAGCUUGGCCGCUGUUGGCAUCAUUCCUGGUGUCAUCGUCAUUUUCUUUCUUGGGGCCUUUGCUACCUACACGGCAUGGGCACUAAUCCAGUUCAAGCUAAGGCAUCCAGAAGUCCAUAACAUGGGAGAUGCUGGCAUGGUUAUGUUUGGACCGAUCGGAAGAGAGAUUCUUGGAGGUGGCACGAUCAUUUUCGCUAUCUGUGCCACGGGUUCCCAAUUGCUGGCCGGGCAGCUUGCUCUCACCGUCUUAUCCGAAAGCAAACUAUGUGCGCUUGCUUUUACGGGUAUUUUCGCUGUCGCAGUGACACUGGUCAGCUUUCCUCGUACGUUAGGUAACAUGAGCUUGCUAUCGGUCGCUGCGGCAGCUUCAAUCAUCGUGGCUGGGAUCGUGGGAAUGGCCGGAGCUGGAGCUUCACCAGUUGCUCCUGGCAAUAUUGCCGUGGUGAUCACGACGAACUUCACUUCAGCAUUUACCAGUAUCACGAACCCAGUGUUCGCAUAUGCAGGGCAUUUUAUGUUCUUCAUUCUCAUUUCCGAAAUGAAGCAACCACAGGAUGCGAUGAAAGCUGCCUGGGUACUUCAGAUUGUGUCUACAGCCUUCUACAUAACCUUUGCUGUUGUUACAUACUGGUACAUUGGAUCGGGGGUCUCCAGUCCCAGCUUUUUGAGUCUCAGUCCGCUUUGGUCAAAAAUCAGCUUCGGGCUGGCCAUUCCAAACUUCUUGAUCGCUGGAGGCCUAUACAGCCACGCUGCCGCUAAACUUGUUUUCGUCAGGCUGUUCAGGCGAAGUCGGCAUAUACAUUCGCACACGAUCACUGGGUGGGGCAUCUGGACAUUCUUGAUACUGCUGGCCAAUGUCGCCGCCUUUGUCUUUGCAGUGGGAAUACCCAUAUUUAACUAUCUUGUCGGGAUAACCGCCUCAUUGUUCGCAGCAUGGUACACGUACGGACUAGCUGGGGCGUUCUGGAUCCAUGAUAUCUACUACUUCAAAGGUGGGUGGCGUGCAUGGGCAGAGAGACCUGCAAUGUUUGUCGUGAACAUACUCACAAUCCUUGCGGGCGCUUUUAUCUGCGUUGGUGGUCUGUAUGCGACGAUCAAGGCGAUGCAAAUAGCUUCGGAAUCUGGUACUCUUCCACCUCCCUUUCAAUGUUGA